AUGGCGGGUCGUGGACAAACUCUCGGAUCUGCGGCUGUGAAGAAGGCGACUACAAGGAGUAGCAAAGCCGGUCUCCAGUUUCCGGUUUUGGAAUUGGCUGGAAACGCAGUGAGAGACAACAAGAAGACGAGAAUUGUUCCGAGGCACAUUCAACUUGCGGUGAAGAACGAUGAGGAAUUGAGCAAAUUGCUCGGCGAUGUGACCAUUGCUAACGGAGGAGUGAUGCCCAACAUCCACAGCCUUCUCCUUCCCAAGAAGGUUGGUGGUUCAUCGAAGCCAUCUGCUGACGAAGAUUAG